AUGAUAUCGACAACAUUCAACGUCCUCUCUUUCAUCUUCAACAGCGCGAUGCGGAUGCACAUGAGGCAAUCCAUUCGCAAGUCUCUUGACGAAGGUUCAGAGGCGAGGGAUAUGGAGCUUUUCGGCCUCAAAUGGGGAGAACUUAGUGCAGAAGAAACCUUGGGGGGGGCAGAUAUGAAACGCCAGAUGCUCGAUGAGCAGCUGGAUAAGUGGAGAAAACGACGGCAAACGAAAACAAAAAAACCACCGGAAAAGCAGCCAGGUGCAGCUUCUGAAACAGAUGCAGAAACAACAGCAGAUGAAGGAAAGGGAGAAACACCAGUGCAACCCACCGAACCCUCUCGAGAGGGCAGAGAAGGAAAAGCAAAAGAACCUAUGGGAGAAGAAAGUGAAGAGAAAAACCCUUUUGUUACUGCAAGUAGUAGCACAGACGCAGAGGUAAUUCAAAAAGAAAUUUCAGCAGAAACAAUGGAGGAGGAGGUUGGGCUGAAGAAGAUAAUUCGUCGUUUCCGUAUGCUGAAACUCUUUGGGGUGAUAGCGGCUUCAUUUCUAGUACAGAAUGCAGAUAAGAUUUCAGCUCUGGUGAAGGGUACUAUUCAGUUUUCUGUUUCUACGUUAGACUCCACCUUGUUCUUCGCUAUGCUUCUCAACGCCAUCACGAAACCCGUGUAUGGACUCUAUUUUGCUUACCAAGGGCUUCUAGAAGAUAAAACAAGAACAGAAGCAAUACAAGAAUUCAGACACAACCAAAAAGCACUCACUAACUUUCUCAUGGGCAGCGCGGCAAUGGAAUCGCAAGUGGGACAAGUAAAGGCAUUUGAUUUGCCCGGACCCGAGCUGCAAGAGAUAAUGUUUACUCUGCUUUUCUAG